UAAUGUAUCAUCUGGGUGUGAGCUGUGUAGUUGAUAAAAAAAAUAAAAGGAUAGAACUCUGACUUGUGUUGUAGACUAUUUAAUAGUGCACCUAGUCUACCUACAUUUUUCCCGAUAUAACUUGGAUUGAGUUAGACAACUGAGAGUAAAUAUACAUUUCAGUAAAUGUCUUAGUGGAUAUAACAAUCAGCAAUGGAAUUAGCACACAGUCUCUUGCUUAAUGAAGAAGCAUUAAAAAGGAUAUCUGAAUCUAAAAGGCCUGUAUUCGUAUUUGAAUGGCUGAGAUUUUUGGAUAAGGUGUUGGCUGCAUCACAGAAGUCUGACAUUAAAGGAAGCCAGAAGAGACUUGUUGAACAGCUGACCUCACAGAUAACUGAAUCACCUGGCCCACCAACUCGCAAACUGCUGGCCAGAUGUUUGGCACUUAUCUUUAGUGUUGGUGAUACCUUUGAUCUGUUUGAGACCAUUAAUAAAUGCAAUGAUAUCAUUAGAAGUAAAGAUGAUUCCCCAAGUUAUUUACCAUCUCGUCUGGCAGCUAUUGCCUGUUUGGGUGCUAUGUAUGAAAAACUGGGCCGGAUGACAGGAAGAUCUUAUGAAGAUACUGUACAAAUCCUCAUUAAAUCUCUUAAAAAUUCAGAGUCUCAAGGCAGAUUUGAAAUAAUGCAAACACUAGAGAAACUUGUCUCAGGGCUUGGCUCUGCCGGGUCUAAUACACACAAAGAUGUAUACAAAGCCUGCAGGCAGGCAAUGACUGAUAGAUCUAUGGCAGUUAGACAAGCAGCUGCAAAGUGUAUGAAUGAGCUGGUAAACGAGGCAACUUUUAUGAGCACCACAGAACUAGAAACAGUGACCUCACUUUGUAUCAGAGCUUUAGAUGGAUCUAAUUAUGAUGCUAGAUGCACCAUAGCCAAAUUGUUAGGGAACCUUAUGGCUACUGCACAAGCUCCAAAGCAACCUAAUGCCAAAAUCAAGCCAACUCGUCUGGAGGAUGUUCUAGCAUUACUGGCUUCAGGAUUUCUAAAAGGCACUCUUGGAGGCUUUCUUAAAACUUCAUCAGCAGGAGAGAUGAUUAAAGGAUCUAAUCCUGUCAAUAGGGAGAUUAGAGUUGGCAUCACACAUGCCUACGUUGAAUUUAUAAAGUCCAUGGGAGGACUUUGGCUUGAAAGAAACAUUUCUGUAUUCCUUACUCAUGUUCUGGAGCUGGUGGCUAACCCUAAAGCCACUCCAUCUCACGUGGAUGCUGUUUAUGCUCGCAAGUGUGUUCAGUUUAUUAUGCGCUCCGUCAUUGGUGGAAUGCUGGGUGAGAAGGCUCAAAUAGCAGCAGCUAAAGAAAUUUGUCAAGUUAUAAUCAAGCAGAUGAAUUCUGUGGGAGAAGCUACAGCAGAGGCAUCAGAUGGCAAGAAUCAAGUUACUGACCUUACAGCCAGUCAGCAUGUGUUAGUGUGUGCACUGCAUGAACUAGGCUGUCUUGUUCUGAGAUUAGGGACGUCUGCUAGUCCCUUAGUGGCUGAACCUGCUACAGGCAUUAUCGAGCCAGUUGUGUCUGUGCUGAUUCAUCCAUCUCAUGCUGCCAGAUUGUCUGCCUCUUGGUGUCUUGCUAGCAUCGCUGUUGCUCUGCCAUCUCAACUUACCCCACUUCUUGAUCGCUGUGUUGAAAGAAUGGAUAAGCUAAGAUCAUCACCAGAGGCUGUUGCAGGCUACAGCAGUGCAUUGGCUGCUCUACUGGGUGGAGUCUACCAGUGCCCUCUGGGAAUCCCACACUCUAAAGGAAAGCAAAUAUUCAAUAUAGCUGAAGAGCUUCUGAGAACGGCAUCACAAAACAGUAGACUUUCACUACAACGAACUCAGUCUGGCUGGUUACUUCUUGGUGCUUUAAUGACUUUGGGUCCUUCUGUAAUAAAAAACCACUUACCAAGAAUGCUAUUGCUAUGGAGGAAUGCAUUCCCAAGAUCCAUUAAAGAACUUGAAUCUGAAAAGGUUAGAGGUGAAGCAUUCACAUGGCAAGUCACACUUGAAGGGAGAGCAGGUGCUCUAGGAGCAAUGUACAGCUUCCUGUUGAACUGUAGAGAUCUUGUGACUGAGGAUGUCAUACGCAGAAUGUUGGCACCACUUGAAUGUGCUCUUGUUAUGAUGUCACAACUAGCUUCAGUAAUUAAAAUGUAUGGGACUCAGUUGAAAGCUAGUGCUGCUACAAUUAGGCUGCGCUUAUAUGAUGUGCUAUCUUUAUUACCUCCUGAAUCAUUUGAAGGUCUGUACCCAAAUUUGCUGAGAGAGUUAGUAGCAGAGUUUACUCUAACAGACAACCCAGCCAAUACAACAACCUCACAACUUAGGUUCAUGUGCCAUGUGGAUGACAAUGUCAUACUUGGCUCUUGGCUUCAGGAGACAGACCAUAAAGCAAUAGAAGAUCAGAUGGAGCCAAAUCGUAAGGUGGAUAAGGAACUUCUCCAACCAAACAGUGCAUCAGGUUCUGGUACCUUAGAACAUGACAGUCAAUCUCUUUAUAUACGUUGUCCUCCAAGUGAACCAAUACCUGGCCCAUUACCACUAGGUGUUGCAGUUAUUGACAGCUCAGUUAAGCUGUAUGGUGUUAUAUUUCCCCAUGUGGCUCAUAAACAUCGCUAUCAAAUGCUGCAGCACUUCAAUGAGUGCAUACGCCAAGCUAAAGGCCCUCGUCAGCAAGCUGUACAGAUGAAUGUAUUUACAGCUGUUCUGUGUGCUCUUAAGAGUCUAGCUGAGUUGAAGGCCAACCCGGGUCCAGAUGAUGUGAAGAAAGCUGCUUUUUCUUUAAUCAUGGAUGCCAUGAGCAGUAGCAAUCCUAUCUUGAGAUGUGCUGCUGGAGAGGCCUUGGGCCGCAUGGCUCAGGUUGUAGGCGACAGCAAAUUUAUUGCUGAAAUGGCUCAGCACAGCUUUGACAAACUAAAAUCAGCUCGAGAUGUAGUUAGCCGUACAGGACAUUCUUUGGCUCUGGGUUGUUUGCAUCGUUAUGUUGGGGGCAUGGGCUCUAACCAGCAUCUUAAUACUUCUGUCAGCAUUUUGUUAGCGCUGGCACAAGAUUUUAACUCGCCAGUUGUACAGGUUUGGGCUUUACAUGCUCUAGCCCUUAUUGCUGACUCUGGAGGUCCAAUGUAUCGCAGUUAUGUGGAGCCAACUUUGUCUUUAGUUUUACAGCUGCUCUUGUCAGUUCCACCAGCUAUAAUUGAUGUCCAUCAGUGUUUGGGUAAAUGCUUAUCUGCCCUCAUUACCUCCAUAGGGCCAGAACUAGCAGGCAACUCAAGUUCCAUCGGCACAGCUCGUCUUUAUUGCCAGGUGUGUUGUGCCGUCAUGCAAGCUCACCCUGAUUCUCUAGUUCAAGCAGAAGCUAUUGCGUGUCUUCAGCAGUUGCACAUGUUUGCACCAAGGCAUUUAAAUCUAAGCAGUCUGGUUCCUCACCUUUGUGAAAAUCUAACCAGCUCCCACCUGCUCCUUCGUCGGGCAGCAGUUUCCUGCCUUCGUCAGUUAGCUACCAGAGAAGCGUGUGAUGUCAGUUCUCUAGCACUAUCCUUUGUUGGUACAGAAAAGGAGGCAAAAACUAGUUCACAUAUUGCUGAAGCUGGUCUUGAAGGUGUGUUGUUUGGGAUGCUGGACACAGAAACAGACGGUCAACUUUUGUCUGAUCUAAGAGACACUAUAGAUUCCCUCCUGCAAUCCCUAGCUAUUGCAAAUCUUGGUCGGUGGCUAGCAUUACUGAAAGAAGUCUUGUCAGCUUCCACAGAUGCAACAAGUGCAGAGAAUGAAUUAGAUGAUGGUGGAGACAAUGAUGAUGAAGAAGAGGGUGAUGAUAUUGGUGUAACUUUUAAGGCUGCUGACCCAGACAUCACUCAUCCUUCUGUUGCACCAAGGUGGCCAACAAGAGUGUUUGCUGUUGAAUGUCUCAUGAAAAUAAUAUCCGCCUGUGAAGGAGGUGAAGGGCAAUUUGAUCUACAGCUUGCUAAAGAACUGAAAGAGAAAACAGGAAAAAACAAUUUCCUAGUGCUUCAUCUAAGUGAUCUCAUCAGAAUGUCUUUUAUAGCUGCCACUUCAGAUAGUAAUCAGUUAAGAUUGGUUGGAUUAGCAGCUUUGGAAGAGGUUAUCAGGCAGUUUGCAUCAGUUCCAGAACCAGAGUUUCCAGGCCAUGUCAUCCUUGAACAGUACCAAGCACAAGUUGGAGCAGCUUUGAGACCAGCCUUCUCUCCUGAUACACCCUCUGAUGUUACAGCUGCUGCUUGUGAGGUCUGUAGUAAAUGGAUAGGCAGUGGUGUAGCUAGAGAUUUGAAUGACCUACGAAGAGUUCAUCAGCUAUUGGUCUCUUCUUUAGCUAAGUUAGGGUCUGUUAGUGGUAAGCCUAAAGCACCACUAUACAAUGAAAGUGCAUCAACUAUGGAAAAGUUGGCAGUAAUACGAGCUUGGGCAGAAGUUUACAUAGUGGCAGUGGAUAGAGAGUUGGAAUCAAAGCAGAGAAAAACUAGACACAAGGAAGAGAGCAUUGAUGAAGAAGUAAUAGAGGGAUAUGAACAUGCAGGAGAAAGUUUACUUAGUCUUGUUCAACCAGAAUUAGAAAACCUUAGUCGUCAUUGGUUUAAUGCUCUUAAAGACCAUGCACUUUUAUCAUUACCUGCAGAAUACUCCAAUCAGCUGCCAUCAGAAGGUGGUGCUUUUUAUCACCCUGAUACAGUAGAAUCUGCUAUACAUCACUAUAAGAAAUCAUGGCCAUCAAUUCUUCAUGGCUUGUCCAUCUGGUUAAAUGACACAGGCUUCAAAGAGGCACAGAUUGAGUCUACUGAUGAUCAAGACAAUGGUAAAAUAUCUUUUGCAGCACAAGCAGCCAAUGCUCCUGCAAACAUGAGAACUAGGUCCAUGAAUCAGGACAGAUUCUUUCUAAUACUAGGCAUCAGUAUGGAAGCACUUUGCAAUUCAGCAUCUCGACUAGAGGAAUCCACUGUCCGUCACUGUCUUGGUGGUUUAAAAGCCCUGCUGGGGAAAGAGUGGCCUAGGUCUCAACUUGGUAGAGAUGCUACUCUGUGUAGAGAACUACUCAAUGUUAUGCAUAGGGUUACUCUGACAAGAGAUGGAAUAGAUAUUCAUGCUCUUGCAUUAGAUGUUGUAAAUUUGGUGGUAGCUGCAGCUAAAGAAAGUCUGGAAAUACAAAAAGCAAAAACUAAAGAAAACAAAACUGACAUUUGGGGAGAAGGAGGGGAGACUGGGGAAUUCCCUGCUGAUACGUCCAUAGUUUUUGCAACUCUUGAGGUCUGCCUCUGUGCUAUAGUAAGACAUAUCCCUGCCCUAAACCCAUCAUCAACUGCUACUGGUUUUCAGCCUCCUACUCAUCUAGCAAAGAUGGGUACUGACACUUAUGAUUUAAUCGCCUCGGUGAUGUUCUUAAUGAUUGACCUUUUGGAUCUUUGUUCACCUAUGGGUGCAGCUACUAUCCUACCAACAGUACUCCACCUGAUAACAGGCAUAAUGAAAGAGAUGUGCUCUAGGGGAGCUGCAGCUCCAUCUCUCACUAUAGUUUCUACAAGUUUACAGUGCAUAAAGAGAGUGUGUGAUUAUGAUUUGACAAGAAAUGAAAAACAAUCUACAGAAGAUGAUUCUCCUGCCAAAAAGGAUUGGUCAAGACUUUUACAAAGUGCAAUAUCUUCAAUAUUACAAUAUGCAGAAGCCGGCUCUGAUUAUUCUGGGAUGGAUUACAGUGUAUUGGUGUCUGUUCUCUCUGUCUUUGUAUCAUGUUGUCCAAGGGAGGUCACUGGAAUUCCAUCUCUGUUAAAUCCAAUGCUGGAUGUUUACAAGCAGGCUUGGGACACUGGAAAUACCCUAAUGAGACAAAAAUGUGUGGAAGCCCUUAUGUCAAUCUUAAGCCAAAAGGACAAAUCAGUGGCUGUGCCAUUCAUUCACAAUAUGGCUCCAAGGAUUAUUGAACAUCUAAACUUGGUUGCAACUCAAGUUUCAAGUUCACAUCAAGAUCUUCAGCUUCUAACAAUGGAAUUAGACUGUAUAGAAAAAUUAGUUUCGUUAGCAGAUGAUAGUAAACGAAUAACCAUGGUAGCUUUGUAUAUCCCAAUCCUGGUAUCUUUGUUGUUGGAUGAAACAACUGCAGGCAAAGCCUCUACAGAAGUAUACACAUUCAGUGACAAGGCCCUUGCUAGAUUGACAGAGGUUGGCCGCCUAUACCCAGAACAUUUUAGGACUGUAAUGAACAUGUCCUCUCACCUCAAGCCUAGAUUAGAAGCUGCUGUUAGACUCAAACAAGUGACCCAAGCUCAGGACAAAGCCAGGGUUGCAGCUAAAAUAGCGCCUCAGCCUGCCAAACCAACAAUUACUCUUAAAAUGGACUUCAGUAAUUUCAAAACGUGAUAGGAUGUAUAUACAGUUUUUAUUUUGCAUUUAGUAGUUAGUUAUCUUAAUACCUAAGAAUACAGAGUCAAAAGAAUAUUAUAUUUUACUUAAUUUACCCAAGAUUAAUUUACUACUGAUUUAUUAUCAAUAUGAGAGUGUUUAAUUGGACACUUCUGGCAUUUUACAAAUGAACUAGCCUAUGAUCUAAACAGUUAUUAUAUAAAACAAUUUUUUAAAAUGUGCUAGAAAGUCAUUUUUCAUAAACAUACUGGUAAUAUUGAAAAUAUUUGAAGUAAAAAAUAUAAUAGCAUUUUAGUGCUGCAUGAAGAUAGUUUUGUGUGAUCAAUUCUACAAGUGUUGCCUCGCUGUAUAACAUACGGUGAGAUGGAGUUUGGGCUGGCUGUAAAAAAAAAGGCUCUUAUUUAACCUUUUCUGAUUGUGUUGUUGUUAAUUGUCGAGUAAAAACUGCAUUUUGAUAAUUUUUGUCAAAUGAAAUUGGGGGGG